AAGGAAGUGCCACUUCUCACCUGCUUUCAGUACUUGCAGUGAGACAACAUGGAGGUCACAGCUCUCCGCAUCAGACUGUUGAUCAAUGUGUUGUUCCUGCUGUGUGCACUUGAUCAGACAGUCUAUUCAGUGUUUCUUCGAGUCGACCCAAACAGGCUGCAGUUCUUUGAAUAUGAGCCUGUAACUUUGCAUUGUGAGGGGGUCAAAGGGGAAGUACUCUCAUGUAGAACUACUAGUAGGCCGGCAUCCAAACAGGUGUCCUGUAACAUUAAAAAUGUUUUUCCAGAAGACAGUGGAGAGUACUGGUGUGAGGCUGAAGGGGGGGAGAGAAGCAACAGCGUCGACAUCAUUGUCACUGCUGGUUCAGUGAUCCUGGUGAGUCCUGCUCUUCCUGUGAUGGAGGGAGAAGCUGUGACUCUGAGCUGCAGAAACAAAACUGCUUCUUUCAACCUCCAAGCUGAUUUCUAUAAAAAUGGCCGCCUCAUCAGUAGCAGCUCAACAGGAGAGAUGACUCUCCGCAGUGUUUUCAAGUCUGAUGAGGGACUCUACAAGUGCAGCAUCUCUGGAGCUGGAGAAUCACCACAGAGCUGGCUGGCUGUCAGAGAGACUCCCAUCUCCUCCAAUCCCAACUCCUCCAAUUCUACCCCAUGGAUAGUUGUCUCUGUUCUAUUGAUGCUUCUGCUGUUGGCGGUGGGACUUCACCUUGGAAAAGGUUAUUUGCACAGAGUAUUGCUCUACCUGUCCACACUGACACCUGAAUCACGCUUACCUGAGGACCAAACAGUAUCUGUAGAAACCGGUGCAGCUGAUGCAAACAAAGUGACGUAUGCUGCCGUAACAAAAAACAGGAGGAAGAAAGAUGAGGAUGAAUUUGCAUCUAGACCUAUUUACUACACCUUGGGCCUGGGUGACACUCAACACCUGGCAGAGCAUGCAGCAGGUAUCAACCCAUCAUUUACAGAGAAUGCUGUUUACUCUUCAAUCGAGUAGGUUGCUAAGUGAAGGAGGAGCUUUAAAAGACAUGUUUAAUCAAUUUUCUUUGUCAGAUGAAAUUGUAUGAGGUACAAUUCCAUAGAAAUCUUAGUUUUUUCAUCCUGUGCAUUAUUAAUCAUAAAGCAAUUUCACACAAUAGACCUAUAUUAGCAAUACCAUAUGAGUGAAAACAAUGAAAUGACACAUGCACAUACUGUAUAAAAAAUGGUGCAGCUUGUUCAGUUAGAUAGUACAUUUGUCAUAUUUAAUGUAUUCGUAUCUUUUUGAGAUGGAUUGACAUGGUUGUAAGUACACCUUUUGAAGUUCAAAGCAUUUAAAAAGGAUGUUGCAUGCAGCCUUCAUCUGACAAAAUAAAGAACCUGUCCAUUAAUAGAAAGUAUCAGUUAACUGUGGUCCAACAGCUAAACCAACUUGUUCCAUCUCUGUUUUUUCACAGAGAGUAAUCACACCUCUGAUUACAGGAACUGCUGCAGUUUUUAAAUGCACUCACUGUGGUCAACUGCUAACUUAAUGGUGUUGCGCCUCUUUUAUCUGAAGCCAUCUAAAGAAGACACACUGAGUUUGUGGUUAACACUUUAUCAUGAUCACAAUGCUGUGGAAAUAGUAUGUGUCUCAUGAAAGUGUAAAGGUUUGUUGAGAAGAUGGGGAAUAAAUAACUACUAUUACAGUGUAGAGAGGUCAUGCUCUACAUGUCAAAUUGUGUUUGUUCUCUGAUACAAAACACAUUUUCUCAGGGUCCUUGUCAUUUUGACCACCAGGCUGAUAGAUCUUGCUUUAACAGAGUCUGUUCUUGCGUGAAUAAAUUAGGGGUGUAAGCAGUGUCUGCCACGAUUAAGAGCAUAUGGAUUUCCUGGUCAUUUCAUUGUUGAUGCUUCCAUCACAUGUUCGUAAUAAGUUAAACCUUUUCUAUCAUUAUGCAACACAUGUUCAUGCUGUGUGUUUUCUAUAUAGUACACACGUAUUGUAAGAUACAAGAUAUGAAAAAAAUAUUUUUUUUUAAAAGGUUGUACAGUAAUUUCUGAUAAACCUCUAUAAACGCUGUUGUUUGAUAUUAAAAAUGAUUAAUUUUGUUUAUUUCUUAUUUUAACGUCAAGCAAUUCUCCUUGAUAAGUUAAAAAGCAGAUCUUAUUCUAAAGACUAGACCUGCCACAUACCAAACAUGCACAGUGGUUUAAGAUACAUAGCCUACAUCUUUUAUUUUCAUUGCUUAUUAAAUACAACAAAGUGAAAAAAUGUCUUUGUCUGAAAAGCAGAAGCAUUGGAGGUGUCACGGCUUCAUCUAAAUACUGGAUAUAUUACACUGUGUGAAUGACAAGUAUGUGGUUAACAAUGGGAA